AUGUUCCGUGUACUUGCGGCCCUGUCGAUGCUCAGCGUUGGCUGUGGCCUGGUGCUGACCGACAAAACCCAGCCUGCCGUGAUUGCCAGCGAGGACGACACGGUGGAGCUGGCGGCUGAGAAGGCCGACGAAAGCAAGACACGGAACCCAGUCCCUCCCUCUGGGCUGAGCAAGAAGGAUCAGGACGAUUUCCAAGAGACGAUGCUGGAUGAAGGCGAAGAAGAGAAAGAUGAAAAGGAUGAUACCACAGAGGCAAAAAUCAAACAGCAGGAGAAGGAGGCUGAUGUCACAAACACAAAGGACUCAGAUGAACCGAUGGAGCCCGCGGAGGGUGACGAGUGA